UCUCUCGAUCUCCGAUGAAAAAGAUUUAGAUCUACUGCUUCCUUUAUUUACAUAUUGAAUUGCUCCCUUUAACUCAUUUUUUUGUUCAUUCCUUUUUCUAAGUGUUGCUUGUUCGGUUUUCCGAAAGAUUGAGCUGAUUUUGAUAGGAUCUUGCAUAUUGUAAUGCGGUUCUUUCCACUUCAGUUCUGCAAAGAUGCAAUCUUUAUAUAAUUUCUUUAUAUAAUUUCAGUGUUUUUCAACUCUGAAAGUUCGUGUCUUUACUAUAUUUUGGUUCGGGUGUAGUGAAUAAUGGUGUAAUUUUUCUUUAUAGUGAAUAAAGAGUGUUAUUGGGAAUAGUUUCUUGAUUUUAGGUUAAAUAUUGAAAGGUUUAUGGUGGGCAGUGUUUCAGCUUUUGCUUCUUUCAUUCAAGUGCUUUAUUACCCUUGAAGUAGGUAAAACUGUAAGCCAUUUAGGUAUGCAUAAUAGAGCAGUUAUUUUGCUGAGUAAUAAAGUCAGGAGAAUUGAUUUCUUGACGUUUCUUACUUUUAGAUGUGUACAAGGUCAUGCUGGUAUUGAUAGCUACUUUACCCAAAAAAAAAGUAUUGAUAGCUAUCUUUUUCUUUCUAUGUUUACUCGCCCAGUACCUUACUACCUUAUUUUUGUGGAUAAGAUGUGAAUUAUAUGGCAACAUGGAUAAAAGAUGUGAAUGGGGCUUAUCUGUAGUGUCCGGUGCAAAUGCAACUAUCACUCUGCCCGGUCACUCGGCUGAAGAUGCUUACCCAGUUUCUAGUGUGAAUCCAAGUGUAUCUUUGGCGAGUCAAACAUUGGCGAUUGGGCAGGAGUUCCCGGAUGUGGAUACUUGUAGAAGAACAUUGAAGGAUAUAGCCAUAGCAUUGCAUUUUGAGAUUCGGAUAGUGAAAUCUGAUAGGAGUAGGUUUAUAGCUAAGUGUUCAAAAGAUGGUUGUCCGUGGCGUGUCCACGUUGCAAAGUUGCCAGGAGUUCCCACAUUUACCAUUAGAACGCUUAAUGCAGAGCAUACGUGUGAAGGCGUCCAAAAUCUUCAUCAUCAACAGGCAUCUGUGGGCUGGGUUGCACGAUCUAUGGAAGCACGUAUCAGGGAUAAUCCACAAUACAAGCCAAAGGAGAUUUUGCAAGAUAUUCGAGAUCAACAUGGGGUAGCAGUCUCUUAUAUGCAGGCCUGGCGAGGGAAGGAACGUAGUAUGGCUGCAUUGCAUGGGACUUAUGAAGAAGGUUUCAAGCUUCUACCUGCAUAUUGUGAGCAGAUAAGGAAAACUAAUCCUGGCAGCAUUGCUUCUGUUGUUGCCACAGGACAAGAAAAUACAUUCCAACGGUUAUUUGUUUCUUAUCGUGCUGCAAUCUAUGGUUUCAUUAAUGCUUGCCGUCCACUAUUAGAACUGGACAGAGUCCAUCUUAAAGGAAAGUACUUGGGAACAUUGUUCUGUGCUGUUGCCAUUGAUGCUGAUGAUCAACUGUUUCCAUUGGCAAUAGCUGUCGUUAAUGUGGAAAGUGAUGAGAAUUGGAUGUGGUUCAUGUCAGAGCUGCGUAAGCUUCUAGGGGUGAAUACUGAUAGUAUGCCCAGACUCACAAUACUUUCUGAGAGAACACUAGGUAUGGUAGAAGCUGUCGAGACUCAUUUUCCUAAUGCAUUCCACGGCUUUUGCCUGCGAUUUAUCAGCGAGAACUUCCGUGAUACGUUCAAGAACUCAAAGUUGGUGAACAUAUUCUGGAAUGCUGUUUAUGCGCUCACAACAGCUGAAUUCGAAAAUAAAAUAUCUGAGAUGGUGCAGAUUUCAGAGGAUGUCUUGCAUUGGCUACACCGUUUCAACCCUCAGCUGUGGGCCGUGGCAUACUUUGAAGGCGUACGCUACGGCCAUUUCACCUUGACUGCCACAGAAUUGCUGUACAAUUGGGCAUUAGAAUGUCACGAGCUCCCUAUUGUUCAGAUGAUGGAGCAUAUCCGGCAUCAGUUAACAUCAUGGUUCAAUGAACGUCUUAACAUUGGAAUGCGACUGACCUCAAUUCUUGUACCCUCGGCUGAAAAGCAGAUUUCAGAAGCUAUUUCGGAUGCUCGCUGUUACAAAGUGCUCCGUGCCAAUGAGGUUGAGUUUGAGAUUGUUUCAACUGAACGGACAAACAUCGUGGACAUAAGAAAUCGAGUCUGCUCAUGUCGCCGGUGGCAGCUCUACGGUCUGCCAUGUGCACAUGCAGCUGCAGCUCUUAUCUCCUGUGGGCAAAAUGCUCACUUGUUUGCUGAGCCUUGCUUCACAGUCCACAGCUACCGAGAAACCUACUCACAGAUGAUACACCCGAUCCCCGACAAGAGCCUGUGGAAGGAGCUGGGCGAAGGCACUGAUGGUGGAGGAGCUAAAGUUGAUAUCAUCAUUCGGCCACCUAAGACACGUAGGCCUCCUGGAAGACCGAAAAAGAAAGUUCUGCGCUUGGAGAGUUUGAAACGCCCAAAGAGAGUUGUUCAAUGUGGCCGAUGCCAUAUGCUUGGUCACUCUCAGAAGAAAUGCACACAGCCAAUGUGAUGCAUUCUCAGUAAUUCUCCUUUCUUGUCUAUUUUUUCUUCUUCUUGUAUGCAUUAUGUACUUAUGUUGCAAAUCAGUUAGAAUUUAGGCUAUGGUGGCUUACUACACCCGUCACUCUUGUUUAGGAUAAUGUACUUAUAUUUUAUAGCUGUAGAAUUUAGUUGCCCGUUUGAAGUAAUGCUUCGCUAUUUUCUGUUGUUUCUACUAAAUGAUGAAAUAGACCUUCAAGAAAAUCUCAUGGGAGGUGUGCAUUGUUCGGUUGAGAAAUGAAUUUUAAGGGUCGUCGGCUUAAUCUUACUUCCCUCGAUGAACUAUGUGUAGUAGGGUAUUACAUCGAAUCAUUCAGAAGUUGGUUUAAUAACAAACUUACCUUGCCUUGUGCCUUCAUUUUGAACAGUUGAGAAAUGGAAAAUGCUCUGUAAGUGCUCCAUGGUUUUUGUCGCUUAUCCGUUUAGUUUUUUGGCUAAUGACGAACAAGAUGUAGGGCUGUAAAUAAGUGGACCUAUAUGAAUGCUACUCAAAUCUUGAUUUGAAGUUCAUUCUAAAUUUGUCUAUAAACGAGCAGCUCGAGCCUCAAUCUGAGGAGCAACUCGUGCCUAUCUACUCCCGGAAGAUUCAAACAGCUCUACUAGGGUGACCAUUUUCUGAAAUUUCAGACAUGACUGAACUUAUCAGGAACCGGUUUGGCAAGAACGGCGCUAAAAGCUGUCUCUGGUUAUCUCUUUUUCUCAACAAAUCCUGAGUCUAAUUUUACACCUUGGGGUCCAGACUUGGUUCGCAAGUAUACGAGUGCUAGAUUUGGGUCGUAUUCAGAUGGAAGUAUACUGAAGGAGGAUGAAUCAAGAUUUCUUACAGGUAGUCUUUAUUUGUCUCGAUCAACAUAAGAAUUACGGAUUGUAAUCCUAUGAUCUUGUCGCAAGAUGUUCCUUGUGUAGCAAGAUUAUAUAUACCACACUUUGGCAGCUAAAGCCAGUGGUGAGUUGUGCUUAAAGUCGUUGGAGCCUUUGCCCGAAAACCGCCAUUGCAAUGGCCGGACCGGACACUCUGUAUUCAUCAACAACCCCGAAGCGUUUGUUUUAUGGUUGCUGCAAGUCUUUCGCACACGACCGGGACAUUAAGAAUCUCCCAGAAGGUCUACAAUCCGUUUCGAGGAACGAGUGUAGGGUUUCAGUAGUAUUACCUAAUAAGUGACCAUUCCAUCACAUUCAUGCAUCUGUUGUUUGUUUUGUACCCACAAUAUUUGUGAUGUAUAUUACUGGUGAAAGAAUGUAGAGCAGUUGGGUUAGUUUUCA